CGCGUCACUCUGACAAAAUCAGUUUCACCUCCCAGUGUUGUUGACAGAGGAAGGAUGUUGCACAUGGCUGAGAUCUGAUGGGACUCGGGAUCAAACUACGGUUAGGUUUUCUCUCAGUGGACAGACAGCGAGACAGCGAGGCGACUUCACGUGAUUGAGAGACCGUCUGAGUUUUCUUGUUUUUCUCCGCUUCAGAAGAUGCUGCAAUAGGCAUGAUGGAGCUGACUCGUAUCAGAGUUUUAGAUCAGUGGCCGACGGACCUUUGUGACCUGUAAGAACACAGUUUCUGCCACAACAUGGAUGGAAGUCAGAAUAACUACUGGGGACAGCCCAACCUGAACAGAGUGUGCUUUGGCCUGGACAUGGAUCAUAGCAUGAGGGAGCUUCAACGACAGCAAACCGCUAAGGAAUACAACUCCAACGUCUCCCAUUCCCAGCCUCCCUUCUACUCUGAUUCCUACCGCCUAACGCCAGACAACGCACUGCUUCCCAGCGAGGGAGACCAGGUGGUCCCUUUCUCCCAGAGAUGUGCAGCGUUCAAGUGCAGUCGGAAAGGGGCUAAACCCCUCCCGCCUCUGCCGGUCCCUGAGGAGCUCAUGUCAGAUGAAGCAGCUGACAGUGAGGUUGAGUUCUUCACCAGCGACCGGAGGUGUCUUUUGCCCAAAAGCUGCCCAAAGCCAAUAACCAGAGGCGGCAAUAAAGACCCUGGAAAAGUCAAUUAUGCCUACCAGGAAAGUUCAGUGGAGGACGGGGCCGCUGGGAUUGGCUGUACUGCGUUUUCUUGGCCGAGCAGAGAUGACCGACAGGCGGAUAGAGGAGGCAGGUUUGGAGCCAACAACUGGUUCUUCUCUCUCCAGAGGGACAACAACCAGUGUGCUGCGUCUGCUGCCGUGGAUUCAUUUGGGAGCAAACUGAUGGAGCAAGAGCCUUCGUCCCGAGAACGAUUUCCCUGUUUAGGUGUCCCUUCCCAAACGCACGACAGCUCCACAGCCUGCUCCAGUGAAAAGCCACAGAUCCCCCCUCGUAUCCCCAUCCCUCCCAAACCCCCUGGUCUUUCAAAGAGUGCAAACGAGGAAGACAAGCCACCCAAAAUCCCUCCCAGGGUCCCCUUAGUCCCCCCGUGCCCACCACGUGCCCCAAGCCCCAAAAGUCUUCCCAUUUAUAUCAACGGAGUCAUGCCUGUCACACAGAGUUUUGCUGCUAACCCAAAUUAUGUGAGUAAGGCAUUGCAGAGACAGCAACAUGAAAGGAGAGCAGCUUCAUCAGAACUUUCUCCCUGCAUUGUUCCCAUCUUGAAGGACGGCAAGCAGGCCAGCGCCACGCACUACAUCCUGCUGCCGCCGGGCAGCCAGGCGCACGCACAGAGACGAGGAAGAAUCCUGAGUGAACCCAACAGGACAGGAAGCAGCAGCGUCAGGCAGAGACGAUAGUCUGAAACUUGUUGACAUCAUCUGAAACACGAUUGUACAGAAGGAUAAAACAGACACAGCCGACGUCACAACGGGGUUUUAUUUCUUCAAGUGACUGAUGUAUUUUGUGUUAAGCCACUGUACGGUUGUCGACUGAACAUUUCACUGGUCAGUAUUUGGGAUGCACUCUCAUUUAAACCCACAACGCAGCACACAGUAUUAUUUUCACUAAUGGUGGAGAAAUAUUUACCUCCUGUAAUCAUUUAUACUUGAGUCGACUGACAUGUUUUAGUUUUCUUGCAAGUAAAACGUUUCACCACUUAAAUGUCUUUAAGCCUGAGGGCCUUGUGGUCGUGUCUCUAAAACCAGCCUGAGCUAAUUCUGUAUUUUUUUUCUUUUUGUACAAGAGAGAAAAUAAUUGAAGGCACAAGCUGGGUUUGUGCCAAACUGUUCAAUAUGAAUGCUGCUUGAAAAGUUUAAUAUAUUGAUAGAUUCAACAUUUAACCAAUCGUUUUCAUGGUUAGAUUUAUGUUAAACAGUGAAAAUUAUUGUCAAUAUUAGAAACACAAAAUGUGAUUUUAAUAUCUGAUACUUUUUGUGUUGUAUUUUAAAAUUCCGAUUUUGUCGAUGCUUUUUGUUUUUUUCUUUUAAACUAAGAAUGGACCUUUAAUGGCAGUUAUGUCCAACAGAUGUGUACCUACAAAGUACUCAUAUCGUCAUGACGAGGACUGAUUUAUGCAUUUUAUUAUGUUCAAAGAUUCAUCAAAAUCAGCCAUCAUUAAAAUUCAAAACUUGAUUUUAACCUACAUUCACCACACAUACUUUUACGGUCUUGCGAUAGACUUCUGAGAAACAAUUCACUGAUUUUGAAUGGCAGCAAUGAAUCUGUUAAGUUUUAGGUAGCUUUGAUCACUAUGGGAUAAAUAAAAAAAACAAGUACAAUUUGUAUGCAAACUUAGCGCUAAUGCAGUCAAAACAAUACUGAUACAAAAGUAAAAAUGUAUUUUUUCUUUGUUUUUUGUGGAUGGGAUGGAAAGCAUGUUACGUUUACACUGUUGAGGUCCAGGCCCUUGUUUACAACCUGUUACAGCGACCCGUUGGGAGCCCUCAUGAUGGUUCUGCAUCAGAUUCAGCCUGAGUAAAAGCUGCAAGACUCUUAUUUUGUGAAAAGUUAAUAACUAUAAAUUGCUUUUAAUAUAUUUGUAGAAAUAAAUAACUUAUUCCUUCUCUAA